UUGACUCUAGGUUUAGCAUGGAUGCUAUGUGACUGAAAUCACAAAACGUGAUUGGUGUGGUGUCACAGAAAGGGUCAGGGCACUAGUCAAUCAGGAAGCUCCGAUGAGAAAAUGCAUGCAAAAAAUGAUAGAUUACUCAUCCAACUUAAAAACUCUGGGUUGAGGAAGUAAUCGCGACACAUUCGACCUUUAUUCUACGCAACAGGUGUCAACAACAGGUGCGUCAGGUGCCAGAAACCCGGAAGAAACGACAAAAGCAGCAGGAUCGACAUACAGACACAGCGAUGGACCCGCGAAACAUCGACACAGAGUUCAAGGAUCAGUUUAAUGAUGUUAUGUCCAGACUGCAAUCAAAACAGCUCUUCCAGUCAGACUGGGACAUUGCCUCGUUUGCUGUCUUUUUUAUUUUCAUUGGCAUGGUUCUGUUGCUGGUCAUCCUCGUGCUCAUUCGCUGCUGCUGCUGUUGCUGCUGUGAUGAGAAGCCCCGAAGACAGAAAGUGGGUAUCGAAAACAUGGCACUGGAUCCGUGAAACAGCAUGGCUUCGUGUUUGAAGAUGAACAUGUUUGAAAAUGUAAAAAAAAAAAAAAAGCUUAUUAUUUUUAUGAUCAAUAAUUAACAAAUGUAGUCUAUUUU